CCACUCGGAACACAAUGUCUAGACUCUCCCCGAUGCGCUGCCUCCGUGGACAUGCCUGGAGUUUCCACGGGCGCGGGGAUGGCGCUGGGGGCUGCGGGCGCACGCGGGAUGCUCUGCUGACGGGCUCCGGAGUGCGUAAAACGUGCGUAAAACGUGCGUAAAAGUGGCUCUGGAUUUACGCGUAAAGAUGAAGUUCGCCCAGUUUCUGCUGAAGAACGGCUCCUCCGCGGCGGGGAUCCCCAGGCUGGUGGAGCGCUUCGCCAAGUUCUCCCCGUCCCCGCUGUCCAUGAAGCAGUUCAUCGACUUCGGUUCGGCCAACGCGUGUGAGAAGACGUCGUUCGUGUUCCUGCGUCAGGAGCUUCCCGUCCGAUUCGCCAACAUCAUGAAGGAGAUCGACUUCCUCCCCGACAAACUGCUCAGUACACCGUCCCUCAAACUACUGCUCAGCUGGUACUCCCAGAGCCUGCUGGACCUGGUGGACUUCUUGGAGGAGGAUCCCUACGACAAAGACGUCCUGAAAAAUUUCACCAACCUGCUGAUCACCAUCCGGAGUCGCCACAACAACGUGAUGCCCACGAUGGCGCAGGGAGUACUCGAGUAUAAAGACGCCUUCGGAGUCGACCCGGUCACCAACCAGAACGUGCAGUACUUUCUAGACCGAUUCUACAUGAGCCGCAUCUCCACACGCAUGCUCAUGAACCAGCACACUCUGAUCUUCGACGGCAGUAACCAGGCUCACUCUAAACACAUCGGCAGCGUGGACCCGUCGUGUGACGUCACAGAAGUCAUCCAGGACGCCUACGAGACGUCCAAGAUGCUGUGUGAGCAGUACUACCUGACCUCCCCCGACAUGGAGAUCACACAGGUGAACGCCAAACAGCCGGGUCAGCCCCUGCACAUCGUGUACGUGCCCUCUCACCUCUACCACAUGCUCUUCGAGCUCUUCAAGAACGCCAUGAGAGCCACAGUGGAGACGCACGAGAGCAGCCCCACCCUGCCGCCCGUCAAAGUCCAAGUGUCUCUGGGCUCCGAGGACCUGACCAUCAAGAUGUCGGACCGGGGCGGCGGCGUCCCCCUGAGGAAGAUCGAGCGUCUGUUCUCGUACAUGUACACCACGGCCCCCAGCCCCGUGUACACAGACAACUCCCGCAACGCACCUCUGGCGGGGUUUGGUUACGGUUUGCCCAUUUCUCGUCUCUACGCUCGAUAUUUCCAGGGAGACCUGAAGCUCUACUCCAUGGAGGGCUACGGCACGUCGGCUGUGAUCUACCUGAAGGCUCUGUCCUCCAGCUCUGUGGAGAGGCUGCCCGUCUUCAACAAGUCCGUCCUGAGGCACUACCAGGCGAGCACCGAGGCAGACGACUGGUGCCUGCCCAGCAAAGAGCCCAAGAAGCUGGGCAAGUGAGACCAAGAUCCACCAGAACCCACCAGGGACCACCAGAACCCACCAAGAACCCACCAGAACCUACCAAGAACCACCAGAACCCACCAAGAACCCACCAGAACCUACCAGGGACCACCAGGGACUGACCGAGACCUGCCUCUAGACGCUCCUCUGCCUCUUUCAGCAGAGAUCGUUUCUGGGGAUGGGCCGAUACAGAUUUAAUUUUAAAAUUUUUAAUUUGUUUUGAGCCGAUACUGAUGUAUUUGUUCUGCUGCUGCGGCAGAUAAAUAUCGUAUCAGGAAAUAUCGGAUCAUUUUUAAAGUCCAUAGUUAAGCCCAAAAAUGUGCUGUAAGUUUGUGUCAAGAUCACAAACUUUGGCGUUUUUAAAAAUAAAACCAAAAUAUAAAAUGAUUUCUUAAAUAUCAGAGUCACGUACAGAGACAGAACUCCAAAAAAAAUAUCCUUCCAAAAAAUACCACCAUCAAAUUUCACUAUCGGCCGAUACCGAUUCUGGAGUCGAUCUAUCGCCCAUCCCCAGAGCAAGAACUUUGUAUAAUUUUAUUUUUACAGUAACAGUAUUCCAUGAGUUAAAGGCCUGAACCUGAGUUUAAUUCAUUCUUGUCCAAGUAAAUUCUCCUCACACCAGGAGUUUUUGGGUAAAAGCUGCUAAAUCAGAAAAAAAAAAAGUAAAAAAAAAAAAAAUCUGUUCAGUUUUACAGUAUUUUCUCAGGUAAUAACUAAUAAUACGACAUAAUAACAGAAGCUUCUGACUGAAGGGUCACGUUUUAUUCAAAAAUCGUGGGAAAUCAGCAGCUGGACUCUCGAUUCUCAGUCUUGAUGAAAUUUUAAGAACCACAAAAACACAAAUAAGGAAAUGAUUCUGUGUCAAGAUGCAACUUCAGCCGUUCAGACUAAAACAUGUUCUUGAUUCUUGGUUUGAAAUCAUGUUCAGGACUUUUCAGACAGAACAGUGCUGUAUUUUAGCAACACUUGGAUUUGGAUUUGGUGCCAAAUCAAAACCGGCGACAACAGGAUUUCACCAAACUUUAAAGUUGUGUGGAGGAUUUUCCAAGGAAAGAGAAACUCAGACUCUUUGUCCUUUUUCAGAUGUUGCUCCUGCGUGACUCGCCCCCUGACUCGCCUCCUCCCGCCUCCUCGACGACGGUCCAGUUUUCUCUUCUUUUUUUCUUUUUUGGAUUCUCUAGAUCAGAACUCUGCAUUUGUUUCCAUAUUUGGCCAAAAUAUUUGGGUCAAAGUUUUAUGCAAAUGAAUUCAUAUUUAGAGUUCGCCCAAGACACUUGAAAAUGUCCCUUUAGGACCUAAACUAAAACACAUUCAAAUAGUUUAUCAUUUUAUUCUGGAAACACAAACUGAAACUUGCAUAAAACUUCCAUAAAAGUUGUUUCUAAAGUCCAGCUCCUCUGUGUCUUUGUUGGCGUCACUAAAGAUGUUCCUGUGUCUUUGACUCCUGCGGUAGAUCCUUCGUCCGCUUCAGUCGCGCCAUCGCUGGACGGAAUCUCCCAGAAUCACCUCAGUUUGGCUUCGCUCCUUUUCGUCUGCUCUUCUUCUUGGUGACCUCAAAAACUGACUUUCUCUUGCGGCGAACUGGUCGUGGAUUCUCUGCGAGGAAGCUCCAGUUGGAAAAAUCCGCUCAGAACCGAAGCGUUUGUCUCGUAAACGGCGUUGUUCUUCUGUAGAACUUGUGAGCGGCGAAUGUAAAACCCCGUAAUCCCAGCGCCGGCGACUCAAGGACGAGAGAAACGUCGAGAGUUUGAUUGACAAACCUCACCACAACUUUUACUGACAAUUUCAAACUAAAAAAAAAUCCUCCAUACAACUUUUAAACAUGCAGGAAUUAAAGUGACAGUGUGUAACUUUCUGGAGGUGGAAAUGCAAAGUUAAAGCCAUAUUUUGGAACAUUCUCCGUAGAGUUUUAUUCUGUUCGGUGGAAUAUUCGAGCCAAAGGAACAAGAUUUCCAAAGAAACAAUCAGGACGCACGUUUUCCAGUGAAUAUAUUUGUGUAUUUUAUGGCAGAAAAGUUACACACUAUGACUUUAAAUAAAUUACUACUAAAAAAAACAAUAUUUACCAGUGAAUUCUGGCUUAUAUUUUUGCCGUCCAUCGUAAAUGUUCUAAAAUGUGCCUAAAAUCUUUCUUCAGGUAUCAGACAGAAAGUGAAUGAACUGUAAAAGUGUUUGUGGUUUUUUUUUGUUCUUUUUUUUCCCCUUGUGCCAUUUUGUGUUUUUUUUUUUUUGUUUUUUUUUUAUUCUAAUUUUUCGUCCUCCUCUACAACACGUCUAUCUCAGCCCGUGUCCUUUAAACGCUCCGGACCUGAGUUUAACACGUUUGCAGUGGUGUAAAUUUAUUCCUCAUUUUCCUUCUGCGUUCAGGGAAUCUUCAUUUAUACUCAGUGUUGGGAAGUUUACUUUUAAAAUGUAAUCCCCUACAGAUUACAGAUUACACACACCAAAAUGUAGUUUGUAACAGAAUCCAUUAAAUACUUUAGGUGAGUAAUGUAAUCUGAUUACUUUGGAUUACUUGAUUUGCUGUAAUGUCCUGUUAAAUCCUGUUUUAGACCUGGUUUAGACCUGGUUUAGAUCUAGUUUAGACCUGGUUUAGUCCUGGUUUAGACCUGGUUUAGUCCUGGUUUAGACCUGGUUUAGACCUGGUUUUAGACCUGGUUUAGUCCUGGUUUAGUCCUGGUUUUAGUCCUGGUUUAGUCCGGGUUUUAGUCCUGGUUUAGACCUGGUUUUAGUCCUGGUUUAGACCUGGUUUUAGACCUGGUUUAGUCCUGGUUUUAGACCUGGUUUUAGUCCUGGUUUAGUCCUGGUUUAGACCUGGUUUAGUCCUGGUUUUAGUCCUGGUUUAGUCCUGGUUUUAGACUUGGUUUAGUCCUGGUUUAGUCUUGGUUUAGUCCUGCUUUUAGACCUGGUUUUAGUCCUAGUUUAGACCUGGUUUAGUCCUGUUUUAGUCCUGGUUUAGUCCGGGUUUUAGACUUGUUUAGACCUGGUUUAGAUCUAGUUUAGACCUGGUUUAGUCCUGGUUUAGUCCGGGUUUUAGACUUGUUUAGACCUGGUUUAGUCCUGGUUUAGACCUGGUUUAGUCCUGGUUUAGUCCGGGUUUUAGACUUGUUUAGACCUGGUUUAGACCUGGUUUAGACCUGGUUUAGACCUGGUUUAGUCCUGGUUUAGUCCUGGUUUAGUCCUGGUUUAGACCUGGUUUAGUCCUGGUUUAGUCCUGGUUUAGUCCUGGUUUAACCCAAAAUGUAAAAACAGUUAAAUCCCUCUGUUUAAUCCAUUUAUUUCAACAAAGUAACUGUAAUCCAAUUCCCACUCACUGAAACAGUAACUGUAACUGAAUACAGUUACUCAUCAUUUGUACUCUGAUUACUCCGGUACUUGUAAUCUGUUACUCCCCGACACUGUUUAUACUUGACACAAAAUAUCUGCACUGGGAAAGACAAAUAGACGAGGAAAAACGGGUCCGGAGCUUUUAACGUCACAGUUUUGUACAAACGAUCAGAAAUCAAUCCUGUUUAUUUGUUUGUUACUAAUGAUUUUACACAUGACUUUAAAUUGACUUUUCAAACCCGAGCAGCUUCCUGUUACGGCGGAGAACAGGGACCACGCUUUUCGACUCUCGCUCUUCUGAUAUUUACUCGUGAUUGUUUAUGUUUUGUUCACUUUUUCAGCUAAUCCGUGUGCACAGUUUGAGAGUUGCAGUUUGAAAGAUAAAUGUGAUCGUUUGAACCCGUGAAUGGGCGAAAUAAAAGUCUCCCGUUGUUUUA